AAGGGUGUUUACAGCCAAGUGCUGUCAUGUGAGCGUACCGCUCGCUGGAAGUACAUAUUCUGCGACUUCAGCGUGACCGCCGCUAUGUUCCUGCAGAUUAUCGUCGGUGCAUCCGUCACUGCUUUCGGGGCAGGGAAUUCGUCUCAUGUUCUGAUUACCGUUUUCGGGGCCGCGAACACGGCGCUUGCUUCUCUGCUUGCUGUACUGAAGUCCCAAGGAUUGCCGAACAGGAUUCGGCAAGAUUGGAAUGGGUGGCGGGAGUUGAGGGAGUAUAUUGAGGAGAAGGAGAGGGAGAUUGAGAUGGCUGUUAGUGGACGCGUGGAGGGCGUGCAGGGGCCGAAGAGGUUGGAUGUUUGGGAGACGGUUCGCGCUAUUGAGGCGAGGUAUACUGCGGUGCGAUUGACGGCAGAGGCCAAUAGACCGGAUACUUAU